UUGGGGAGGUUUUGCGAGUUUAGGAGAACGAUUGCAGGCAAUUGAAAGGGUGCUGCUCGCUGCUCGGGCGAGAGAGAGUGCCUAUGGUUGUGGCUAUGGCUGCGGUUGGGGCCACAAUGGCGACAUUUGCACCGUCCGUUGUAAUUGGCCUUGGCUCCUUCUCUUCGGGGUUGGAGCCAUUUAGGCGCGCUCCGAAAUUCGAAGUGGGUGUUGUUGGAAAUCAGCUGUCGUUGAGUACGAGGAAUUGGAGAACCAGGAUUUUGAGAGAUGCUGGUCGUCGUGGAUUGAGGAAGUGCGGGUUUGCAUGUGAGCUGCCGAGGUAUGGGAACGCUAGAGGCAUGGCGGUGAAGCAAGAGGGAGCCAUUGGGAAUGUGGGUUCAUCAGAUUCCGCGUGCACUGUGCGAGGAGAGAAUAGGUUGAAUAAUUCAUCUGAAUCAGGGUUGAUGAACGAAUUGGGCGGAGAUUGCACAGAUUCUGGGCAACCCCGAAAAUCUCCGAUGUCAGCCACCUCCUCCCCCAUGCCACUCAAUGAGCUGCCCAUAGAUUUCUCACUCGAAUAUCGGCAGAGACUAGCCGAAUUAGGAGAAACCUCACCAUAUGCACAAAAGUACCCUCUCUCAGAACUAGCUCCCAAGUUGCUCUCGAAAUUAGCUGACCUUGCAGCUAAAUCAGUGAAUAAAAGGACGGAGUGGGUGAAUUCAUUCCAGUCUCUAAAGGGAAAAUUCUCAAUCUCCGCCGGAAAGCCUUCAGAUAUUCUAGUAUUCCUCACCUCCUUCGCGAUCGUUCUCUCUGUGAUGACCACGGGUUUAGAUUCACAUGCGUUCGUAGCUGCACCUCCCAGAAAACUGCAGAGAGAGGAACUCGCAACUGUACAACUUUUCAAAGACAACACUCCAUCGGUUGUCUACAUCACGAAUCUUGCUGUUAGACGGGAUGUCUUCACUCUCGAUGUGAUGGCAGUGCCACAAGGAUCAGGUUCAGGCUUUAUUUGGGACAAACAAGGUCAUAUUGUGACAAACUAUCAUGUGAUUCGAGGAGCUUCAGAUCUUAGAGUGACACUCGGUGAUCAGUCUGUCUAUGAAGCAGAUGUGGUCGGGUAUGAUGAAGACAAAGAUGUUGCGGUUUUGCACAUCGAUGCUCCGGAGGACAAGCUGAGGCCGUUGCCUGUAGGAAGUUCUUCAGAUCUUCUUGUGGGCCAGAAAGUUUUCGCAAUUGGUAACCCGUUCGGUCUUGAUCACACCUUGACAACGGGAGUCAUCAGUGGACUGAGAAGAGAAAUAAGCUCAGCUGCAACUGGUCGACCAAUUCAGGAUGUCAUUCAAACUGAUGCUGCGAUCAACCCGGGUAACAGCGGUGGUCCUUUACUUGAUAGCAGUGGCAAUCUCAUUGGCAUCAAUACUGCAAUUUAUUCACCUUCUGGCACCUCGUCUGGUGUGGGAUUUUCCAUUCCUGUCGACACGGUCAGCGGAAUUGUGGAGCAGAUUGUUAAAUUUGGAAAAGUCACGAGACCGGUACUAGGAAUAUCCUUCGCACCAGAACAAUCUGUGGAGCAGUUGGGAGUAACAGGAGUUCUUGUUCUUGAUGCUCCUCCUACUGGCCCGGCCGGCAAAGCUGGUUUACGGCCGACUACACGCGAUUCUUACGGUAGACUUGUUCUAGGAGACGUCAUCACGUCUUUGAACGGACAAAAGGUUACAAAUGGAAGUGACUUGUACAAGAUUCUGGAUCGAUGUAAAGUAGGAGACACGGUGGAGGUAGAGAUACUGCGAGGAGAUAAAAUAUCUAAAGUACCGGUGACUCUUGAGGCGAGGGAAUGAAGCUUUUACGGCCCCCUGGCCUUUCCCUUUGUAGAAUUGGAAUUGAAUGGAGGGGAUUUAUAAUGCCCCGCUGUAUCAUUAUGUACUGCAAAUAUCAUUGUUUUCACAGUUACUGUUUUCAUUCAUGUGUCGUGUAAAUUUAAUUAGCACCGUCUUGAAACACCCUUCAGGCAGGUAUUUUCCACUUGUUCCUGGGAUGAAUCAAGCUCGCCAUCUUUUUUCAAGUCACUGUGCUAAUCUGCUUGCACUAGUUUUUUAAAAAUUCUUUCUGUAUUUUGGUCACUUCAGUUUUUUAAUGUGUAU